CCAACAAGAAGGGCAUCGUUGAACGUGGUUCCAUCUGUUGCUCUCGGUGAUAAGGCUGGCUUAGGUCCGAUUUCGCGGGGAAAGAACGCAAAGAUGCCUCGGUCCAAGCGACGUCGACGCCAUGAAGCUCGGCCAACUUCAACACCACCAUCGAUAACGCGUUGUAGCAGUGUUCAUCCCCGCCUCAAUUGCGACUCUUUUCGGCGUCUCCCUUGAUCCCCUCAGCCUUCGUACGAGUCCACGUUCGAACCUCUUGCCAACAUGACCACUCCCGAGGAGUUUUUCGGCUGGCUGGGUCGCGACAACAAAGCGGCCGAAGGCAACAUGACCUGGUCAUCGUUCAAACCCAAGCCGUUCAGUCCAAUUGAUGUCGAUAUCAAGAUUUCUCACUGUGGAAUCUGCGGAUCAGACAUCCACACCCUGCGCUCCGGGUGGAAGAGUACACGCUACCCAGUCUGCGUUGGGCACGAGAUUGUUGGGCACGUUGUGCGUGUCGGAGACCAAGUAAGGCAUCUCAAGGCUGGAGACAGAGUCGGUAUCGGCGCGCAAGCGUUCUCCUGUCUAGAAUGCGAGGACUGCAAAGCUGGACUCGAGCAGCACUGCGGCAAGAUGGUCGGUACCUACAAUGGAAAGUAUCCAGAUGGAAGUUCCAGCAUGGGCGGCUAUGCGGAUUUCGCGCGCGUCCCAGCCCACUUCGCCAUUAAGAUCCCUUCUGCGCUGAAGAGCGAGGAUGCCGCGCCGAUGAUGUGCGGUGGCAUCACAGUCUACUCACCAUUGAAGAAGAACGGCGCCGGACCCGGCAAAAGAGUGGGCAUCGUGGGCCUAGGUGGUCUCGGCCACUUCGGAGUGUUGUUCGCAAAAGCUCUGGGCUGCGAGAAGGUCGUUGCGAUCUCGAGACGAAGAAACAAGGAGAAGGACGCAAUAGCGAUGGGCGCAACAGAUUAUAUUGCAACUGCCGAGGACGAUAAGUGGGCCCGCAAGCAUUCGCAAUCACUUGAUCUUAUCAUUUCGACCGUCAGCUCGCCCGACAUGCCAUUAGAGUCGUACCUUCGACUGUUGAGGACGAACGGCACGUUCAUUCAGGUCGGUGCGCCAGAAGACAAGCUGCCCAGGAUCGGUGCCUACAGCCUCAUACAAAAAGGCGUAAAAGUUGGCGGUAGCAACAUCGGUAGUCCAAAGGAUAUCGAAGAGAUGCUCAACUUUGCCGCCGAAAAGGGCGUGAAGCCGUGGAUUGAGCAGCGCAGUAUGAAGGACGCGAACCAGAGCGUUGUAGAUAUGGAAUAUGGCAAGGCGCGGUACAGAUAUGUGCUCGUCAACGCUGACCAAGAUGGUCGCGCAAAAUUGUAGUUGUUGAGUAGGUGGAAAAAACCACUGCACUUCGUAUGAAGAGAUCCUGACUCGCGAUUGCUGCCUCGUAUUAAC